AGUGGUCGGCGUGGAGGGCGGGGCGUCCGAGGCCGGGUUUGGUCCUGAGGACACAGAGGACGUGGCGGAAUGUACCGGCUGCUGAACUGGGGUCUGGGCCGAGGCCUGUGGGCUGCGGGCCGGCGGUGCCGGGGCUGCGCCGGACGCUUGCUACCGGAGCCGGCGGGCGGCGCGGGGUCCGGCGCGGAGGAGCUGCAGUCUCGAGGGGCCGCGGGUCAGGCCCGGUGACCUCCGCCGCUUCCCGCAGCGCUCGCCUGGUUCUCGCGGCCCGCUGCAUCGGAGGAGCAGCAGGGAGAGGGCGGGGCCGCCGCCGAAGACGCGGCGAAUGCAGCGGAGGCCGAGAUUAUCCAGCUGUUAAAGCGAGCCAAGUUGAGCAUAAUGAAAGAUGAGCCAGAAGAGGCUGAGCUAAUCUUGCAUGAUGCUCUUCGCCUUGCAUAUCAGAGUGAUAACAAGAAGGCCAUCACUUACACAUAUGAUUUGAUGGCCAACUUAGCAUUUAUACGAGGUCAGCUUGAAAAUGCAGAGCAACUUUUUAAAGCAGCAAUGAGUUACCUUCUUGGAGGAGGCAUGAAGCAGGAAGACAAUGCAAUAAUUGAAAUCUCCCUGAAGCUGGCCAGUAUCUAUGCUGCUCAGAAUAAACAGGAAUUUGCCCUCGCUGGCUAUGAAUUCUGCAUUUCAACUCUAGAGGAAAAAAUUGAAAGAGAAAAGGAAUUAGCAGAAGAUAUUAUGUCAGUGGAAGAGAAAGCUAAUACCCACCUCCUCCUUGGCAUGUGCUUAGACUCUUGUGCACGCUACCUGCUAGUUUCCAAGCGGCCAUCACAGGCACAAAGGAUGUAUGAAAAAGCCCUUCAGAUUUGUCAAGAGAUACAAGGAGAAAGACACCCACAGACUAUUGUGCUGAUGAGUGACUUGGCUACUACCCUGGAUGCACAGGGUCACUUUGAUGAGGCCUACAUUUAUAUGCAGAGGGCAUCCGAUCUGGCAAGAGAGACAGAUCAUCCUGAGCUGCACAUGGUGCUCAGCAAUCUGGCUGCAAUUUUGAUGCACAGAGAAAGAUACACACAAGCAAAAGAGAUCUACCAGGAAGCACUGAAGCAAGCAGAGCUGAAAAGAGAUGAGGUUUCUGUACAGCACAUCAGGGAAGAAUUGGCUGAACUGUCAAGAAAAAGUAGACUGUUGACUUAAUUUUGCCAAGCUCUAAUUUAUUUUGUUGUAGGGAGGUCAUCUCUGGUAACCCAAAUGAACUUUUACUCCAAUUUCUGGCACCCCAGUCAGUGGUGUUAAUCAUUCGUUGAUACUCAGCUUUCUUCAACUUAGCCUCAGUGAAGGAUGAGCUAUAUACACUGCCACUUUUUUCAUUUGAUUUUGAGCAGGGCUUCUCUAUGUAGGCUGACCUGGAAUUCACUGUAUAGCUGAGAUUGGCCUCCAGCUUGUAGUCCUGCCUUACCUCAACCCGCAAGUGCUGGAACUAUAGGCAGGUACCAUCAUGCCUUGUCUUUAAAGGAGAAACAAUUUUUACCUUGUACUGAUUAUAAGGACCGGUGUCAAUUGAUGCUUUCCAGUGUAACAUGAAAGUACAAUAUGUGCUGGUCUGAGAAAUUACAGACUACAAUGGGCCAGUUUUCCUGAGGUAUGGUCAUUACACCUUCCAUAAGAUAUUGGUCUGUAUCUUCUCCUUUUCCAUUUCUAGCAGACCAGUUACUUGUCUAAUGGCACAGGAGGAUUUUGGUUCUUAUAAUCUAUUUUAUUGAAGCAUUGUGAGAUUUAAUGAAUAUAGGAAGAAAAAUAAUUCUAGUUGGCCAGUGGUCAGCAGCAUUAACUUCUUAAGUGGGAAUUAGAUACUUCAUCUGUUUAUCAUAUAUAAGUAUUAAAAAUGGUGGUGGGGGAAGGAAAGUAAAUUCUUUGCUAGUACUGUCUGAAUACUUGACUUCCUUUGCAACCACCGUCAUACAGUGGAAUUAAUAGGCGACCCUCUUGAUAAUACUGAUGUGUAUGCACUGUUGGUAAUGGGGAGCCACUGACCUAAAUCCUUGUUAGUACUGGCUUUUUGAUUUUGGGAUCUCUCUAUUCUCAUCUGUAAAGUGGGAAACAAAUGAGAUUCUUUCUCAUGGGAAAAGACUGCUUUGCUGAAAAAGCUUUAUCACUGCUUCAAGUACAAGUUACACAGAUGGAUGGUCUCAUAUUUGCAGUCAUGCAAACAGCCAUUUGUCUAAGGGAAGGGACAGUUUUUCUGGGUACCAUGAAGGAAUACUAAUGGUAUUGAUAUGCCUGUGGGGGUGGGGGAUACAUGAGAGAGACUGGGAAAUGGAUUGUUUGCUUAUAUGUACGUACUGGAAGAAUCUUUUCAUAAUAAAAUAGAGACUACACAACAA